AUAUAUAUAUAUUUUUUAGCUUGGUUCUCUCUUCAACCGUGCUUCUGGAUUGAUGCAAUAACGUGAACAGUUUCAGCCAUGACAGGCCGAGAAAUCCUCCUCAAGAUGAAGGAAAAAGUUGAGUUGGGUUCAUCUGCCGACACUGGAAAAGGGCAGAGUAAGAUGUCAAAGCACGUAACACAUGGUUAUCAUUUGGUUAAGGGAAAAUCCAGUCACCCAAUGGAAGAUUAUGUUGUUGCUGAAUUCAAGCAAGUUGAGGAGCAUGAGCUUGGUCUGUUUGCAAUAUUUGAUGGUCAUUUGAGCCAUGACAUUCCUGAUUAUCUACGGUCUCAUUUGUUUGUUAAUAUUUUGAAUGAGCCUGAUUUCUGGACUGAAACAGAGGAUGCAGUCCGGAGAGCUUAUCGUACAACUGAUACUUCUAUUUUGGACAAAUCAGUAGAGAGUACAGCAAUUUGUCGGAUAAUAGCUUUGGAAAGAUGUCUCCAAUCUAAAGCCAUUAGUAUUGGAUCAAGAGAUGGUGAAAAAGAUAUGGACAACAUGGCCCAGAGAUUCAGGCAUGAAGAAUUGCCAGAAACAUGGUAUACUCAGUUUUUUGAGAGUUAUAAAGCUACUAAACCAUAUAGGUUAUCAUUUGGGGAUCGGGAAACAGACAAGCGUACACCUGAGCUGAUGUCUACUUAUCUUAGAAUCCUCAAGAAGCAUAAGAGAAGACGAGUAGCAUUUAAGGAAGAUGAAACUAAUGGUUUCGGCAAUCCCAUGUUAGAAAAUGGAUCAAACAUGCUCCGAAAUUCGGUUUUAAAUGACAAUGAUGCAAUUGUUGAUGAUACAUAUUUCUUCCCUGAAACGAUGUUUCCAUUUAAUUGUGUCCCUGAUAGUGCUCUUCCUCACAUAAACCGAGUGGAAGAAAACCACAAAGUGGAUUUUAAUGGUGUUCUUGAUAUGCUGCCCCAAAUUAUGACCAGGAGCCCUAUUAUGAUUGAGAGGCAUGGUAUUAGACCAGAAUACCUGAGCAUGGAACAAGGAGGGAAUCAAUGUCGUGGAAAAAAUGGAUCUCAUAGAAACAGGAAACUUCUCAGUCAAGAGCAAGCAUCAGAGAUGUCUAGAAAAGUGAUAGCUCGUGUGCUAACAAAUGUGGGGUUUGAAGUUUCUUCAGAAGUCCCAAUGGAAGUCUUGUCUCAGUUGCUGAGUUGUCAUAUUGGUAAGCUAGGCCGUAUCUUGAAAGUCCUUUCUAAUAGUUGCAGAAAGCAGUGCUCAGCCAUCGAACUACUCAAGAUGUUCCUUCAAAUAGCGGGGUAUAGGUGCCUUACAUCACUACUGCUUUGAUGGAUUCGAAGCUUGGCACGGAAGGGCGCAAGGAUCUUUUUGAUUGGCUAUCAAGGCAACUUAGUGGAUUAAGCAAUUUUCCUGAUGUUGUAAAUCUGAAUUAUGUAUUGUUUCAAUUUAUUAUGCUAGAUGGAUGUGACUUGUGAAUGAAAACUUAAAAUAGUUGUAUUGUGUCCAAUGUUAAUGAAUUAUGUAUUGUGUUGAAUGUUAAUGAUUCAGUUAAUUUGA